CGAAGCACAUUCUGAACGGUGCACAGUGGGGCCAAUGGAGAUCAUUUCACGGAUUAAUUAAAAAAAAAUAUAUGAAGAUCCUUCAAAACUAAGUAUACUUGCUUUAAGUACACAAAAUUCUACAUCACCGCAGAUCUUUUGUACGUAAAUUGUGUUUUUGUAAAGUAAUUCUAAAAAUUUGUAAAACUUAACCAUGGAACCAUCAAACUCAGAUCCAAUAAUUUCAAGCAUGCGAAGAUUGCCAAAAAAGAACUUGCAAAAUUUACCAGAAGAGGCUGUCGAUUUAAUUAUAAGUGAUGAGUAUGGAAAUAGCGAUGAUGAUAGUGAAGAUGUUGAUGAUGAUGAUAAUGAUGAUGAUGAUGAUGACGUCGACGAUGACGAUGAUGAUGUUAGUGAAGGUGACAAUUAUUACAAUGAGAGUUUAGAUACAGAUGGCAUCGAUAUUAAAUAA